CACAUGAUUUUGUAAAAAUAUAUCACAUGACUGAAGAAAAUUUGAGAAAUGCCGACGCAAAUCUAUCUUUUUGCUUUAUUAAUUAUUAACAAUGUUGAUGCAUCGGGAAUGUUGUACCCGAGGUUUUCAGAAACUCGUACUAUAAUUGAAAUCAAUGGCAUGUGGAAAUUUAGAGCUGACAUAUCUCCUUCAAGAAAUGAAGGUUUCUUGAAAAAGUGGUACACACAGCCACUGUCACAGACAGGAGAUGUGAUUCCUAUGCCUGUACCAGCCAGUUAUAAUGAUAUAACACAAGAUAAAAAGUUGAGAGAUUUUAUUGGUUGGGUCUGGUACGAGACAGAGUUCUUUGUUCCAGUAGAAUGGCAACAGAAACGUGUUGUACUAAGAUUUGAUAGUGCUCAUUAUAACACUAUUGUGUGGGUAAAUUCUCAAGAGGUUUUAAUGCAUGUUGGAGGUCAUCUUCCUUUUGAAGUACAACUCAAGUCCUCCUUGAAUGCUAUUGGAGCUAAUAGACUUACUGUGGCAGUUAACAAUACUCUAACACCCAGCACUCUGCCUCCAGGGUCAAUCCAUUAUAUGAAAGAUACAAAUAGAUAUCCACCAGGCUAUUUUGUUCAAGAUAUCUCUUUUGAUUUCUUUAACUAUGCUGGUAUUCAUCGCUCUGUCAAACUGUAUACAACACCCACUCAUUAUAUUGAUGAUAUCACCAUAGUAACAAAUGUGAAAGGAUCUGAUGGUAUUGUUGAUUAUGUAAUUGUUGGAGGAGGACCAUCAAAUAACACCACUAUUAAAGUGGAAGUUCUUGAUGCAGACGGCGUCUCUGUUGCUACAAGUAUUAAACAGAACGGACAGAUGAUUAUACACAAUGUUAACCUAUGGUGGCCAUUUGGUAUGAGUAAAAAACCAACAGCUUAUAUGUAUUCAUUAAAGGUGACAAUGACAUCUGAUGCAGGUAUAGAUGUAUAUAGACAGCCAUUUGGUGUUAGGACUGUCAAGGUCACAAGUACACAACUACUGAUUAACAACAAACCAUUUUAUUGUCAUGGUGUACCAAAACAUGAAGAUUCUGAUAUAAGAGGUAAAGGGCUAGAUUAUGCUCUGAUAGCCAAAGAUUUCAACUUACUGAAGUGGUUAGGUGCUACCUGUAUACGGACCUCACAUUACCCUUAUGCUGAGGAAAUCAUGGACCAGUGUGAUCAACAAGGGAUAGCAGUUAUUGACGAGAGCCCUGGUGUAGGAAUAACCUCUGUUGCUAAUUUUGGGAAUGCCUCACUAACACAUCAUUUAGAAGUUAUGAAUGAAAUGGUCAGACGAGAUAAAAAUAGACCAGCGGUAAUUAUCUGGUCAGUAUCCAACGAACCACUGGUCACAGUACCACAGGCAGAGCAUUACUUCAAAUCUGUUAUUAUGCACACAAAGACUUUAGAUCCAACAAGACCGGUUACAUUUGUAGCAGCUGUUGGACCUGAAGGUGACUAUGCUACCAAGUAUGUAGAUAUAUUAUGUAUAAACAGAUAUUUUGCAUGGUAUCAUGACUGUGGCCAUACUGAGGUUAUACAGAAACAAGUGGAGUAUGAUAUGAAUAAAUGGCGGGAGCAUCACAAUAUACCAAUAAUAGUCACCGAAUAUGGAGCAGAUACCGUAGCAGGAUUACAUCAGAGUCCAUCCUUUGUGUUUACUGAAGAGUAUCAGGUAGAAUUUCUCUCGGAGUAUCAUGCAGCGUUUGAUAAGAUGAGGAAGAAAUUCUUAGUUGGAGAAAUGGUGUGGAACUUUGCUGACUUUAUGACAAAAGAAGAUAUAACCAGAGUGGUAGGAAACAGAAAAGGACUGUUUACAAGGCAGAGACAACCAAAAAUGUCUGCACACCUGUUAAAGAAAAGAUAUGAAUCUAUAAUGAACGAAACUGUAUCAGUUAUUCAUUGAAAUUUUUAUAUUUUAGAACUGAAUUAAUGAAAGAAGUUUAUAAUGUCCUUAACAUAUA